CUCAAUAGCAGAUAGCUAGCACACUUGACUAUCCUGGGCUGUGACAUCAAAGAAAGCAAACAGAGAAAAAGUCAAUUUCAUGCUUGGUUCCUUGCCCAAUACUAUGUUUUGCACUCUAAAAAUUAAUUCAGGGGACCUGUUACCACAACUUAAAUAAAUGCAUUGUUACAAGUUAAAAAUUCAAAUUUGUUGUUUUAAUUAAACCUUUUAAGUUGUGUUACAGCCUAUGCCUUGAGUGUGUGUUCUACUGCAUGUGACGUCAUGUCUCUGCUUAUCUUUCUCUCGGAUGAGUCUGAUAGUUUAGGUCCGCCCCUGUGCACCUGUGUCUCAUGGCAUGAGUAUUGAUUAACUAUAUUAAGGAUGCUGAAUUGGAGCAUGGCAAGGGAAGGAGAUCCAUCAGCAAACAAGCUUUAUUACCCUUAUUUUUCUUUCUUAAUUUUGGUUUAUACAUUUUUGUUUCCUUUUAUAUUUUGGAGUUACGUUUUUUUGUUUGUGUUUAUUAUCUUUCGUUAGUUUUUUUAGGAACAUUUUUGUUUUUCUUUCUUGUUUUGAUGCAUGCUUCAUUUGUGUUAUGUUUCGUUUUGCUAUCUAUCUAUCUAUCUAUCUAUCUAUGUAUCUAUCUAUCUAUAUUUUUUUGUUUGUUUGUUUGUUUGUUUGUUUGUUUUUUUGUUUUUUUGCAUUGUAUUUUGGAUUCACAUGUCCUCCUUUAUGUUGCGUUCCCCUUUCUGGCUAAUUUAAAUAGGGGUUCAUAACACAAAUUGGGGGCUCGUCCGGGAUAACUCUUUAAUUUUGUUUUGUUGAGCAGUUAAUAAUAAUGGUCUAUAAAUAAUAAUGGUCAAUAAAUAAUGUCUAGCGCCGGUUCAAAUAUUAAUUUGUUGAGUUCUGUUGACAUAAUAAUGUUGAGUUUUAGUAACUUAAUGAAAUUGUCUUGAUAACUUCAGAAAUUAGGCAGUGGAUUUCUAGUUCCCAGCAUGCUUUGUAUAUGUCACGAUCACUGUCUGUUCCUGUCAGUUCCUGGACUCCAUUUCCCAUAAUCCUCCUUGCCAAUCACAUGCACACUCCACACCAAUCACCAGCUGCCACAUACAGCCUAGCACACUACCUGGACUAUAAAGGACUCACACACACACCACCUCAUUGCGAAGUCUUGAUUUGCCCCGGUGAUCACUUCUGAGCGUUUUCUUGUGGAUUGUAUUUCUGUUGCCCUUGGACUGUUUAUUGGACUGUGUUUGUUUGCCGCCUGCCCUGACCAUUGCCUGUGACUUUACUCUGCUUGUCUGCCGCCUGCCUCGACCAUUGCCUGUCCCUGUUUGUGUCUCUGCCUUUGCCCUGUCUACUCUGUAAGUACUUUUAAUAAACAAGCUGCAAAUGGAUCCUCACGCAUUCGACCCAUCAUUACAGAAGACUUCGCCAUCAAACGAUCCAGCAGCUUCUACGAGCGCUUCCAGCCCCAGCAUGGACCCAGCAAUACGUCUCGUCCGCCUUCGGCAAGGUAAUUCUACACUCGAGGACCACAUUCAGAAGUUUCUAGACAUUGCCUAUUUAUCUGACCUGCCUGACUGUGCCCUCAUUGACUUCUUUGGCUAUGGAUUAAACGAACCAUUGAAGGACUACUUACUUAUUAAUGGUCCCCGAGGGUCGUUCGUGGAAUUUCUGGACUUUGCUCUGCUUACUGUUGGUUCACUGUUUACUGUGGGUGUCGCGGAGGAACGCGACACCUCGUUCCCCCAUGUAAUGGCUGCCUCUAAAGAGAGCAUUCACAAAAUGGCGGCCACAACAUCAUUACAUCACGUCUCUGGAUCUGUUUGGGAGCGGAGUGGGUUGCGUUCCAGUGUGGCUGAUCCACCGCUGACUUCAGCACGAGCGGCUGGCAUUCCUAAGCCUCCGCCGGCCGCUUCGCACUCAAGCCCGCUGGCCGCUACGCCCUCAAGCUCGCCGGUUGCCACGCACUCAAGCUCGCCGGUUGCCACGCACUCAAGCUCGCCGGUUGCCACGCACUCAAGCUCGCCGGUUGCCACGCACUCAAGCUCGCCGGUUGCCACGCACUCAAGCUCGCCGGUUGCCACGCACUCAAGCUCGCCGGUUGCCACGCACUCAAGCUCGCCGGUUGCCACGCACUCAAGCUCGCCGGUUGCCACGCACUCAAGCUCGCCGGUUGCCACGCACUCAAGCUCGCCGGUUGCCACGCACUCAAGCUCGCCGGUUGCCACGCACUCAAAUUCUCUGGAUGCUAUGGACAAGAUGGCCGCUUUGCCAGUGCCCACGGGCAAGAUGGCCGCCCCGCCAGUGUCUGGGAACAUAGGGGUCGUUCCAGCCAGUGAGUCCGCUCCAACCCGUGAGCCCGCUGCAGCGCCCUCAGAGGAGGUAGGCAUAGAGCCACCGCCUCAACCAUGUAAACGGAGGAGGAGGAGGAAGAAGGCUUCCUCCAUCCCUCAAGGCCCGGAGGCCUUCCCAGAGCCCGCUGUAGGCCCGGAGGCCGUCCCAGAGCCCGCUGUAGGCCCGGAGGCCGUCCCAGAGCCCGUUGUAAGCCCGGAGGCCGUCCCAGAGCGGUCCGCUGCCGUCCCAGAGCAGCCCGCUCUUCCUGAUACGGCCACGGAGGCCGUCGCCGAGCUCCUCGCCCUGCCGGCGCCACCCGAGCUCCUCGCCCUGCCGGCGCCACCCGAGCUCCUCGCCCUGCCGGCGCCACCCGAGCUCCUUACCCACGAAACCGCCACGGCCUCCGUUGAAUUCCCCAAGAACUUUUUGGGGGGGGGCCAUAUACCUGAGGGUGGGGAGCUUGUGGGUGGGGACCCUGCACGGCCGCGAUCAUCAGCGGCCUCCGAAUUGCUUGAGCUUGCGGGUGGGGACCUUACACGCCCACGGUCUUCAACCGCCUGUGAACUGCUGUGGCCGGCUACGGACCCUGACCUGCCGUGGGCGCCCAAGCUACCUGACCUACCGUGGCCGCCUAAGCCACCUGACCCGCCGUGGCUGCCCGUGGCACCUGACCCGCCGUGGCUGCCCGUGGCACCUGACCCGCCGUGGCUGCCCGUGGCACCUGACCCGCCGUGGCUGCCCAAGCCACCUGACCUGCCGUGGGUGCCCAAGCCACCUGACCUGCCGUGGUCGCCCAAGCCACCUGACCCGCCGUGGUCGCCCAAGCCACCUGACCCGCCGUGGUCGCCCAAGCCACCUGACCCGCCGUGGUCGCCCAAGCCACCUGACCCGCCGUGGUCGCCCAAGCCACCUGACCCGCCGUGGCUGUCUGUGGAACCUGACCCGCCGUGGCUGCCCUUGGAACCUGACCCGCCAUGGCUAUCCGUGGCACCUGACCCGCCGUGGCCGCCCGUGGCACCUGACCCGCCGUGGCCGCCCAUGGCACCUGACCCGCCGUGGCCGCCCGUGGCACCUGACCCGCCGUGGCCGCCCGUGGCACCUGACCCGCCAUGGCUGCCCGAGUUCCUGGACCUGCAUUGGAGACCCCGUUCCCGUCUGCCAACAGGUCUCCAAUGUACCCACCCCCCCUCCCUAUCUGUGCCAUUUACGCCGCGAGGACGCGCCUUCCGGAAGGGGGGCGUUAUGUCACGAUCACUGUCUGUUCCUGUCAGUUCCUGGACUCCAUUUCCCAUAAUCCUCCUUGCCAAUCACAUGCACACUCCACACCAAUCACCAGCUGCCACAUACAGCCUAGCACACUACCUGGACUAUAAAGGACUCACACACACACCACCUCAUUGCGAAGUCUUGAUUUGCCCCGGUGAUCACUUCUGAGCGUUUUCUUGUGGAUUGUAUUUCUGUUGCCCUUGGACUGUUUAUUGGACUGUGUUUGUUUGCCGCCUGCCCUGACCAUUGCCUGUGACUUUACUCUGCUUGUCUGCCGCCUGCCUCGACCAUUGCCUGUCCCUGUUUGUGUCUCUGCCUUUGCCCUGUCUACUCUCACCUGUCACUAAGGUCAUACAUACAUUCAUCGUGUGUACUGAGCGCGCUCCCAAUGACCCCCUGACAGGUACGAGCGAGAGCUUGGCAGGAGAACGGAAGAACCCAGAGCAGCAUUACAUCUCGGGUGAUGUGCCCUCUCCGUUGGUACCUGUCUGCUCCCACACAUUCCAAAGAGCACGAUACAUCUUUCUUAGGAAGGAGUAAUUUUCUCCUCAGGAAGUAAGGUGUGUCUGGAGAGCGGGCUGUCUCUGGUUAUGAAGGAAAAGGGAGCAAGAGGUCAGGGGGCAUUGAGACAAGGUGGACAAUAUAUCAUUGGGAAAAGAAGUUAUAUUCAAAUGUGUCCUGUUUAGGGGUCAGUGGAUAUGGCCUUCACAGUUGUCAAUGCUGGAACUGUAACUACAGGCUGAUGAUCAGUAUUUGUAAUACAAUUUAAUGACAGCAAAUGAGA